UUGGCUCCUUACCCUCACGCCCUCACUCCUCCGUCACAUUAUUCCCCCACACACUCUUUCUCUCUUCACCAAUCUCUCAUUCUCUCUCUCUCCUCUUCCAUUCCUCUCUCUAAAAAACAAUGAAGCAAUUAAUCCGAAGGUUAUCCAAAGUAGCCGACUCAUCCUCAUACUCCCUCCUCCGCUCCGACUCUAUCACCUCCCCCCGUCUACCGCGCCGCAGAAGCCUAUCACGUAAACCACCACCAGGGACACGGCGGCGUUCUGUUCCAUCAGGACACGUGCCGGUGUACGUGGGUGAGGAGAUGGAAAGGUAUGUAGUAAGCGCCGAUCUAAUGAACCACCCGGUUUUUAUGAAACUACUGAAUAAAUCCGCACAAGAAUACGGGUAUGAACAAAAGGGCGCGCUUCGGAUCCCUUGUAACGUCCUUGUUUUUGAGCGUGUUCUUGAAGCUCUUCGUCGUGGUCGUGAUGUUUCUUCCGACGUUCAGGAUUUAAUCAACUCUUUUGAUGAUGUAGUCUUUUUCUAGCAAUUACUCUAUUUUUUUCGGGGAAAAUUAAAAAUAUACAUAUAGAGUCUUAGAUCUUGGUAAGUUAGAUCUGUUUUUUUUUUGUGUUUCCUGUGUAAAUAUAGAGAUUAAAGGAGUUUAAAAGAGGAAUGUUUUCCUUUUGUUUUUGAGGGGUUUGAAGAUAUAAAUCCCUUUGAUUUUAGCAGAAAAGCAGCAAUGGAAUUUGUUCUUUUUUACUUACAAA